GUUAGCUUGUCACAUACUCGUGGUGGUAAUAAUGACAGUAAUAAUUCAGCUACCUAAUACAUGGUAAUGAAUGAGUGUUGUGUGUAUAUUUCGAGAAAAUUAACAACUAAGACGAAUGUUUCAAUUAAACCAUUAACUUCUGAAUUGUAUGCGUUCCCGGAAGCGUCGCGAUGUUGCUUGUCUGGGUAUAGAAUAUCUGUGCUCGUUUCUCCUGCAAAAAGAGUAGAUGACUGGUGGUGAAAGAACUGCGAGGAGGAAUUCUCAACUCAACAGAGUAUAAGAAGAAUAGAUUACAUUGUUGCAAAUUUGCUAUAAAUAAAAACUAUGGCUACUAAAAGGAAGGUAAUAGUGACAGGGUUUCAACCUUUUGGAGAACACACGGUCAAUGCUAGCUGGGUGGCAGUGCAGGAACUGGAGCGGCUGGGCUUGGGUCAAAGUGUCGACCUGCACGUCUGUGAGGUACCAGUGGAGUACAAGACAGUUCAGAGUUUACUGCCACAGCUAUGGAAACAACACCAGCCACAGUUAGUGGUCCACGUCGGGGUCUCAGGGAUAGCCACCGCGGUCACACUGGAGAAGUGUGGCCACAACCAUGGCUACAAGCGGGUGGACAACCACGGAUUCUGUCCGGACUCUCAGUGCUGCGUCGACGGGGCUCCUGACUGCAUCGAUUCAGUCAUAGACAUGGGCCUGGUCUGCAAGAAGGUCAACUCGUCCAGUCUGGGCGUGACAGUGGUGGUCUCUGAGGACGCGGGUCGGUACCUAUGUGACUACACCUACUAUAUGUCACUGUACCUGGGGAAGGGCAGGUCAGCGUUUAUCCACGUUCCUCCUCUGGAAAAGCCCUACAGUGCCCAGGACCUGGGCAAAGCUUUGCAGGCUGUGGUCGGGGAGAUGCUGGAGCUCAUGGGUGCAGUUGAAGACGAUGACCUCCAACGCUGCAGCCACCAGCAUGCCCACUGAGGAAUGACCCCUGUAACCCCCUGCUCCGGCCCACAAUGGACAAGUAAAGCACUUAAAAUCUGCUACUCUGUUCGCAGUAAUCUGUGGAGCCGCAGUUGAAGGGUUGGGCAUCAGCCAUCCCUAAGGAGUGUGGAAAAGAAGGACACAUUUUUGAAGAGCCAUGUCCACCUGUAAUAAUGCUAAACUAUAGAUGAGAGUAGGAUCUUUAUUUAUCCAGUGUGCACUGAAGUGUGUAGUGUCACACGCCCUAUGAUUCUGACACCUGUUUUAUCGGUUGUUUUUCACUUUUAACCAGUUCCUCUAUUAGUUCCUGGGGUCACCUGACUAAUCACUGUCACUUUGACACAAUGGUUAAUGUUAUGUGCCAUUUAGUGUAUCGUCCUUCAUGCUGCGUGCCCCUGUGGUCACAUGUUCAAUAUUUGUGGUGUAGUAAUGCAGUGAUGAUGCCCAGUGUGGUCUUGUGGACUAGGAUUCUGCCCCCAGUGUGCAUGCGCUGGUGCAGUGUGGGUUUGAAUUAGUGAAAAUAUUCCUCUUUAUUUCCUCAAUGUCUCUAUCCAAUGUUGCAUGAAUGUGUGAAGAACUCUUCAAAAAAAACAUGCCGUAGUCUGCAGACUGUAUGGUCAACAAUAUAUGUAUUCAACAAGAUUAAUGUACCUCAAGCUUGUGUUGAUAUCUCAGGUGAUGUAUUGCACAUACAAUCAACAUUUGUAAUGUGACAAAUAAUAGAAUGUGAAAAUGUUUAUUUUGUAUCAGAUAUUCUGUAUUUCUGAAUAUGAAACAGGUAUAAUGCUGUAAUUAAAUAUCUGUCUCAGUUG